AGUCUGAUCAAAUCGCAGGUAACGCUCGUCAAGAAGCAGGUGCCGCAAAGAAGGAUGCAAACGCUCCCGCAUAAACGAGCCCCGCCCUUCGUGAUCACUCUUUCAAUCACAUACCCUUCUUUUUGGUUUAAACCCAUGUAACUUCCAUUUUUUUGGCAGUGGACACCUAUGAUGAAAUAUGAUCAAUGUUAAGAAAUAUCCUUUUUGUGUAUUGAUGUGUGAUCAACAGUCGACAUCUUCCCGCUCCCGAUGUCAAUCGGCGCCGGGCGCAAAGCUUGUCACAUCGGCCCAGCAUUUUCCGAGCGUCUUCUUGACUGACAUCUACCGCCCUUACUUCCACUCUCUUCACCACCACUGCUACAUUUCAAGAUGGUUGAAAGUACACGAAUAUUGAUCUACAAUCCAAACUCAAGCAAAUCAAUCACAGAUGGUCUCAAAAGCAUUUUAGAUCCAAUCAAAGACGCAGGUAUUGAAUUGGAAUAUCGCUCUGGUCCUUCAUCCGCACCCGAAUCGAUCAAUGAUGCACCUACUUCCAUUCAAUCCGCCCAAGCCGGUUACGAGUAUUUGGUAGGCGGCGGCGAUGCAAAAGGUGCAGCAGCCUCGUUAGCAUCACAAUUUAGCGCCAUCUUGGUUUGUUGUUUUUCUGAUCAUCCACUCGUAAACAUGUUACGACACACUCUCCCGGCAAAUGUAUCAGUCAUGCAUCUGUUAGAGACUGGUUUGUUGGCCGGCUUGACAUCCUCACGUGGACGACCAAUCGGAAUAAUCACGACCGGGCAAGAUAUGGUACGUGAUAUAGAUGCUGGCGUUGCAGCUUUUUUUGGUUCAAGCGCAAAAGCAAAUGAUCGUUAUGCUGGUUGUUUGGCUACCGGGCUUGGUGUACUGCAACUUCGUGAUCCGAGCCAGAAAAAAUUUGUACAACACGCCAUCAGAGCAAAGGCUGCUACUUUGGCCAAAAGUGGCGUUGGUGCUGUCAUGCUGGGUUGUGCUGGUAUGGCUGGAAUGGAAGAGAUCGUUCGAAAGGGCCUAGCAGACCAUCUUGGCGAACAACAAGCAAAUCAAAUCGCAAUCAUCGAUACAGCCAAAGCAGGUUUGCAUCUGUUAACAGCUCAAAUUCGACUAAAUAAAGAAUUCUUGCCAUAACACACUGUAAUAAAAUAGGAAAACCAUCAUAUUAAAGAUGAAAACCAGAACGUCUCGAAACAGGCACGGAAAGAGUAUAAGAGAUAACAAAACAUAGCCGACAUGAAAGUCGUGUGAGAUUAAA